AUGUCUCUUCCCUCGCGGUCUGAACUCUACCUCGGGCUGAGUGACAGUGACGACUCAAGUAAGCCGCUGUCCAGGCAUGUAGCCACACUGGACAAACCAGUCCCCAAAUCAUGGAACGCGAUUGCUGAUGCCAGGCGCUGUACGCCUCAAGCUUGCCAUUAUCGAGACACUCUUCCGCAACUGCGUAAGUCGAGCCUUGACCAGAUCUACGCCAUCCCAACAGAAUCUCCAGCGUACCAAGCCGAGGUGCACGAGCGGCUACAUCUGCAGUAUGACUGA